UGAAUCGGUUAUAACAAAGUCCUAAAAAUGUCAAAACUGUCAAUUUUUUUGAGGUUAGGUUACUAGAAUUGUAAACUUUGGCGUUGGUUGGAUUAACGCCAAGGUUUUCUUCUAAAAUUUCAAUUUUUUGGCCAAAUAACUCGAUAUCCAGCUAAAAUGACGAUCGGAAAAAACAACAAAAUGAUCCAGCACAUAAACUACCGGGUCCGGAUCACCCUCCAGGACUCGCGUACGUUUAUUGGCACCUUUAAAGCGUUCGAUAAGCAUAUGAACAUGAUUUUGGGCGAUUGCGAGGAGUUCAGGAGGAUAAAAACGAAAACUUCCAAAGUCGAGAGGGAGGAAAAGCGUGUGCUCGGAUUUGUACUGUUGAGGGGGGAAAGUAUAGUUUCUUUGACCGUCGAAGGACCACCGCCCCCAGAAGAGGGAUUACCCAGAGUACCAAUUCCGGGAGCCACUUCUGGACCAGGCAUUAGUCGAGCUGCAGGAAGAGGAAUGCCAGCGGGUAUGACUGGGGUUCCUGUGGGUCUCCAGGGACCAGUACGUGGUGUAGGAGGUCCAUCUCAACAAGUCAUGACUCCAGGUGGCAGAGGUCAAGUAGCUGCUGCACCACAAAUGAACCAUGGACCACCAAGAAUGGGUGCACCCCCACCAGGUAUGAUGGGAGGCCCACCACCAGGCAUGAUGGGAAUGCCCCCCAAUGUAAUGGGCAGAGGUGGCCCACCACCACCAAUGGGGAUGAGAGGUCCACCACCCGGUAUGAUGAGGGGAGGCCCACCACCCCCAAGGGGAUUUUAAAUUAAGGUUAAACGGGCUGUUUUUUGCUAAAGUUUCCAAUAUUCUUAGGUUAAAUUGUGGUUACAAAUCAGAUAAAGUUUGGUAAUUACAUUUUGUGCUGUAUCAGGCAGAUUAAUUAUUUAAUUUUAAUAUAAACUUGUCAAUUUA